GAAAGCCAACAAGGGGUCGUCGAGUCCCUUUCGCAUGACUCGCAGUCGGGAUCGAUUCGCUCUCUUAAAGCCCGCGGCCUAUAAUUAGAAGAGCUCGCCCGUAGUGUUUUCCUGCUUUUUUAUUGUUAUUUUUUAAUUUUGUAAUCGUUCUCUUACCCACUUUACUUGCAGCUACAUGCUACACGCGCUUUAUUCACCUGAAUCAAUAGCAUUUAAUGACUGUAGUUCAUUGAUGAGAUCUUUACUACAAAGGAAAUUGCUAACAGCACUACUAUUUAGUCAAAAAAGCUGGGCUGCAAGCUGUGUAAUCAAGGCAUUGUUUGAUGAAUGAUGGAGUGUAUUUAAAUACAAGUGGCUGAAUUUGGAUAAAUAAGCAACAAAUUUCGGCAUGAUCUCUUGUGGUGAUGAUGGUGUGAGAGAAACAUUGGGCGGGGAGGCAUGGAAGCUGAAGGUAGCCGACUGGCUCAUCAGGGGCUCCACCACCACCAGCUUACCCUACCUUCGCCUGGCAUCCCCGGACUUGAUGUCGUAAGAGCCCUGCACCAGACAAUAAUUUCCUUGCGAUCUGCCCUGGACUCAUCGCGUGAGGAGUUGCGUCGACUCCGCGAGAUCGUUGGUGACUUCCGGGGCGAGAAUUACGUUGAGGUAGUAGAACGUCUGUCGCUGGAGAACCACGUGCUACGUCGUAGAAUUCUUGACGGGAUAAAUAAUAAAACCGCUACUACACAAAAUGUAACAACUGGUUCUACAAAAACUGGGUCUAAGUUCCAGUCGUCAAUACCACCAUUAAUAAUUGAAGAUUUAUCAAAUACAUCAUCGACUGCAUUACAAAACACUAUGGACGAUUCGGAGGAUUCAAAGACGCCAAAGAUUGAGGCAGAAAGUGAUAUUCCACAUCAGACUUUAGGUGAAAAAGAAGUUAUGCAAUCAGAACAAAAUUCUAAUAUUCCGGAGCUCGUUACAGAGUCUCCAAAGUUAUCAGAAAUUAAUUUAAAGUCCAAUAAAAAUAACUCUGAAUUGGAUUCUGCGCCGAAGGAAGCGCCAGUUGAAGAAAUAUCAAAUGCUGAUCUCUUAGAAGUUCCUGACAAAGAUCCAGAAGAUGUUAGUCUUCGCAGUGCGUCAGAUGGCGAAAUUUCAGUGAUAAGUGACAACCCAGAUGGUAGUAAUCAACAGCAGUUGACACCAGAAGUUAAGCAUACAGAAUCUGAAAAUGAAUCAGAAGAACUUGAUGAUAUAGAGCUUAUCUUUACGACUGAUAAUACAUGUAGAGAUGUAGGUUUACAAGAAGACUUAGUUUCAAUUACUGAAUCGGAAAAUUGGCAAAAUAAUUCAACUCAGCCGGUUUUAUUAAAAUAUACAAAAUCUACAGAAGAAACACCAGUCAGUAAUGGAGAAAAAACUGGAACGAGUUCUGUGGAUGAAGCUGCGUCUUCCCAAAGUUCAUCAAUUGAUCGUGAAGAAAGUGUUGACCGAUUUGAUGAAAGUUCUAGCACGCGGUUAAACAAAAUGUGGUCUCAGUGUUCGGUUCUAGUUGAGACAGACAUUAGUAAAUGCGGAGUGGUUGAAGAAACUGAAACAUCCUUGAGACAUGCUGUUAGAAGGAAUACUCUUGCGGCUCCUCCAACCGCAUAUAGACCCAUUAUCCACCGGGAGGCUCUGGCUGGCGGGAGGAGAAAGAGUGCAGCUCCUUUACGUCCGGUGAUGGACCGAAGUUGCGGCGCUAGACGUGAAUCCGGUGCUCAAACCGACAUUUCAGCACUUCCUGCCCAAUGGCGAUCUGAGAGCUAUCUUGCUCAUAAAGUCGCUCAUACAUUUACCACAUUACCCAGUAAAUUUGCGCUUCCGACAGGAGUUGCCGGUAGGUUGAGACUCUCUGACAAAACACGCGAAGCUAGGAGAGUUAUGCUUUCGGAUAUUAGCUUCACAAGUAUGGUACCUGAAUUAUCGAGAAGUGCUGACCACCUUUGCCAUGAUCCACAUUCUCAGAAUUGCUUCAAUUCCCGCGGAUGUGGACUGCGUACACCGGAAGUUAACCGUAGAGAGUCUCUUGGCUCUCCAGCCGGUUAUUGGCCCCGUUGCAAUACAGGAACAGGAUUACCUAGUCCUUGUGAUUGUCGGUUAUCAACUGAUUUGUACUCCUCAAAAUACCGCGGCUCCUUGACCUCAAUUCCAUCACCCGGCCUUGAGGUUGUUGGAGGCCCACCACGAAGACAUUCUUGGCGUGUUAAUGCUGCAUCUUUUGAUACCUGGAAAGUACCAGCAGCCACAUCAACACCAAGACCUACUUGGUCAUCUAUGCCUUCGUCACCAACACAUCUACAUCCACCUGCGGCCAGUAGAAUCUUGAAGAAUCCACCCAAGAGAACUCGAUCUAAAGUUACGUUCCAAGACUGUCCAAUGAUACGCGGAAGUCUGCCUAAUCUUCGUUCUGAUUUAGUUGUUAGUGAGAAUAGUGGAGAUUCAACUGAAUCACUCAUUGAUGAAGCUGAGGAUUACUUGCGGAGAAGUAUUGAUUCUAUGUUAACCAUAUCUAGUGUUGAUUUUUGGAGUAAACAAUCUGCAAGACGAAGACGCGCUAGAAGACAUUCAGAACCAGAUCUAUUUCGUGAAUGGAAUCCUGCCCAAGAUGCAAGGCCAUAUUUGCCAAAGAUUCCACGAGACCUAAAACUGGAUCAUCUUGUAAAAGUAAUAUCUCCCGAAGGUCGUGUUCUUCAAGGAAAAGUGAGAUAUAUUGGUCCAGUUCCAGGACGAGAAGAUGUACACGUAGGAGUUGAGUUGCCAACUGAAAGUGGAUCUUCAGACGGCACAUUUCAUGGUCGACGAUUUUUCGAUUGCGAGCCAGACCGUGCAAUUUUCGUUCCAUUUAAAAAAGUGGUGCUGGCGUGGUGCACCACCUGACCCGAACCGACGGCCGGUUCGACCGGUACCACGUCGUUCACAACACCGAGGAUUCUUCUAUCUCAGCACACCAUGUAAAAGAUCGAUAGACUCAAGGUAUCAAAGGAUUCGUUGGUCGUGAGUAAAUACAAACAAUUUUGUAUCGAGUAUUUUGCAUUGAUUGAUGAACAUAUGGAUUUUGAACAUGGAAUCCAAUUUGACUUUCAAGUCACAUCAAAAAAACAUAAUACUCGAAGCACCUUGAAAAAAUUAAAAAUUAUACAGGAUGAAUGAUAAUCAAAAAUACUUCAAUUCAAGUGCACAUGGAAUGGAUAAAUAGUAUUUAAACAUUUAAUAUGAAAAUGAGCUUUGAUGAAUUAUAUUGAGGAUAGGUAAGGCACAUUGCAUCUUAAAAAAAUUCAUGAAGGAAGGAAUGAAAAUUGUAGAGUAGAAUUUUUGAGCAGUACCAAUUAUAUCACUAAAAAUAAAAGGUUAUUGAAUCAUUUAAUAUAAAAAAAAGUCUGUAUUUACAAUGAUAGACGUAUGAACAUAAAUGUCAAUCAUGAUACGGGAUGUCAUAAACAGUUCAGUAAUUCUAUCGAUCGUCAUAGAGGAAUUGUCUAUUUUAGUGUAUUAAGAAGAAUUCAAGUAUUUAAUCUUGGCGAAUAAGAUUGCUAAUACGAGGGUACCUGGUAUUUAUGACAAUUGGUAUUAGAAUUCCAAAAAUUUUUAAUUAAAAAAAAUUGUAAUUUUCAUGUUUUUGAAAACCUUCAAUUUUUAUUUUAUUUUUUUUUGUUUUUGUAUUCAUUAAUUAUUAAUAUUAUUUUUCUUUUAGUUGAUUGCAAAAAUAAUUGUACCUGGUUUAUAGUUUUUGUUUAUUAACAUCAACUAAAAUAUACUAAUUGAUUUUCUAUUAAUACCAUUUGAGUACAAGAAUGCGUUAACGCAAUACCAUUUCAUUUUAUAGAGUACAAUUAUAACAAAUAAUUUUGUUUUAUAUUUUUUAUAUUGUGAUGAUGUUUUAUUUUCGUAAAGUAAUUAAUUACUUAAAAAUUACGUUUAAGUUUUAAUUUUCACCGAUUUUGUAAUUAUCAUAUAACAUAACAAUACAACUUUAUCUUCAGUAUUUAAUGUCUUGUAAACUUUACAAAGACAAGUAUUUGUAUUAUGUUGAUUUUAAAUUUUAUUUUCAGUAGAAUAAAACAUAAAAAUGAAGGUUUUAAAUAUUCUUUCAAUUUUAUAAAUUAAUUUUUUGUAUUAUGGUGCAGAAUAAUUUACAUUAUUGCUUGUAGUUUUUUUUACAGCUUAAUAUUGAUAUUUGAAUCAUUUUUUUAUGAGAAGAAAUUUCCGUUGUCUUAUUCAAGGUACUUAGUGAAAUUAGUCAUGUCUUCUAUUAAAAUCAAAGAAAAUUCGAUUGGAUUUGUAAAUGGACGAGAGUAAAAAAAUAAAUUAAAAAAAGGAAAAAUGGAAAUGUACCUGCUUCGGUGAUCGACAGGAUCAUCCUUCCGUCUGUCUUAUUUUUGUGGUUCUUGAAUCGCGAUUGUACCUAUUAAUGAAGUCUAUGUAACGCAUAAUACAUAAAAA